AUGCGUUUGCUUGCGCUUCUUUUAUGCUCAGCAGCUCUUGCUUCCUCAACGGCGACGCGAAGAUGCAAACUUUCACCCUUUGAUGCUACUUGGCCUAUUGACGCUGAGUGGGCGGCGUUGAACGACUCUAUUAGUGGCAGUCUAAUCAAGACACGCCCAUCUUCCUGUUACAAAACAAAUCCGUUUAACGCACCGUUGAAUUGCAACAUUGUUGAGGCCAACUGGACUCAGUCUACUUUCCGUGCCAAUCUUCCCGAGUCGAUUUCAUCCCUAUUGUACGCCAACAAUUCCUGUAUACCUCCUGGGGCUCCAGGUUACAACAAAACGGCUGGUUGCCAUCUCGGUGGAUAUCCAAGUUAUGUUGUGAAUGCGACAAGCGACGAACAGAUCGCUCUCGCUGUCAAAUGGGCAUCGGGGCGAAAUAUCCGCAUCGUUAAGGGGACCGGUCAUGAUCUAUCCGGAAGAUCUAGUGGUGCACACUCUCUGUCCAUCUGGACUCGUCACAUGCUACAGGUCGAGUUCGAUUCGGGCUGGAGAGUACCUGGGACCAAUAAGACAGACACCGUGCUCAUCGUUGCAAGCGGGCUCACUUACGGUGAUGCAGUCGGUCAUGCCCUCAAGUACGAUCACGUCAUUGUGAGUGGCAAUGAUGCGACAGUUGGCUUGGGAGGGCACAUCCAAGGCGGUGGUCAUGGCCCAUUGUCCAGUACUUUCGGUUUGGCUGUUGACAACAUGUACAAAGUGAGAGUUGUAACGACUCAGGGUCACAUACUCACUGCCGAUGCCACUCAGAAUCAGGACCUGCUCUGGGCCAUUCGAGGGGGUGGCGCGGGACAAUAUGGUAUCGUUACUGAAUACGUGCUGAAAGCCUAUCCAACACCAAGUGUCAUCGAAACCAGUUUCACUAUAUCUCCACGUGCGGUAGUACAAGGCAAUCACAAAGCCGGGGUCAGCAUCAGCCAGGGGUUUUAUGCCUUCAACAAGUCAAAGACAGACACCGAAAAGUUGGUUCAGAUGGCCAUCGAUAGGAUUUAUACUUUCACUGGUAACGAUCAUAGCAUCCUAUCUAUCGUUGCUUCCAACACAACUGUCCAUCCUACCUACAAGGGGUUCUUCGAAGCCUUGAACGCUGGAGUCGACUCCUCGGUCGCCGAGAAACAUGUGAAACAGAAGACGCUGAUUAGCUAUCUCAAGCGAAUGAUCACAAACUCAGACCCGGAGGGAUCCGGUAUGGCUGUGAUCGGUUUGCAAGGUGGACCAGGUCCUGCUAAAACGCCAAGAAGCAUGCGAGGCGCGCUUUUACCAGCAUGGCGAUCAACCUAUCUCCAUGCAAUGAGUUACAGUUUGACUCUCGACACUACCCUAACACCGACGGAGACCCUGGAGAAAGGAGCACGUGAGCUGAAUGACUCCAAGGAGAAACUCUGGCAGGAAUGGGCGCCAGAUACUGGAGCGUACAUGAACGAGGCAAAUCCUUAUAAUCCGUCUUUUAAGAAGGAUUUCUAUGGAGCAUUUUAUUCUCGUCUGUUGAGAGUGAAAGAGAAGUAUGACCCUACUGAGAGUCCUUGGGUUUUAUCCGGAGUAGGAAGUGAUGCUUGGGACUAUAGUCUAGACACGGGCAAGCUUUUGCGCAGCUCCGUGAAGGGUCAAGAUGAUUUGAAGCUGAAUCCCGAGGAUUCAAAGCUGUCCUCCCUGCAACGUAGUGGCCAUCACAUGGAUUCCGUAGAUGCAUCAUGCCUGUGUCAGUCAUCCACUACCGGCUGCUCAACUUGUUCAUGGCUGGUUCCGGAAUGGGCAAAUCACCAACUUAAAAGAACACAAGAAGAAGUAUCACUGCUUGAAAUACAUAAUUUCGUUCUACCAGUUAGCUUGUGCCCAUGUACCGGAGAGUGUUUAGUAUAUCAGGCCGAAUUUCAAGUAUCACUAUGUAAAGCUAGAAAUACGUUCACGUCAAACUCGGAAGAAAUACGCCCCAUGGAGUAUUUAAAAACCUCGGGCAAGGACAGCAACUAUUUCAAUGUUAUAGACACUCUCAUAUUCGAGUUGGUCUCCUGCAGCGAUGAUUAUAAAUCAAGACCAGUAACCUCGAAAAAUAAACAUAUCAAGUUAUAUUACAGCAUGAGUAGUGCCUCCGGUCUUAUUGAGCUCGCUCAGAGCCUGAUCGAACAUGGUCCCCGCAAGACGUUGCAGACAUCCCGCCGCUUGCGGGCUGUUCACAACCAUACCACUAUUGUGGAUACUACUCACGGAGUCUAUGUCUGGGAACAUGACAGUUUCCCCACUAUCUAUGUGCCGGUGGUCGAUGUGAAGAACGCGAAGCUGGUCGACAAGAAGAACAUAUCGGUGGAGCUCAAAGAGAGGGCCGCGAUAGCUCAACUCGUGAUCCCAGCUCAUGAUAGUAUCAAGGAGGCAAAGGUGGACAAUAUUGUGCGCUUCUUUCAAGAUGUGACCCUUGGGGCACUUUCUGAUAUGGUGCGGAUUGAGUUUCGCAGUAUAGGCAAGCUUUUGAAUCAAUGGUUUGAAGAAGAUGAACCAAUCUUCGUCCACGCGAAAGAUCCCUUCAAACGCGUUGACAUCCUGCACUCCACGCGUCCCAUUGAAGUCAAAGUCAACGGCAGAACUGUUGCGAAGGCUACAUCAUCCAUGCAUCUCCUGGAGACAGGUUUGCCGACUCGUUACUACCUUCCAUUGUCUGCUGUUGAUCAAUCUGUCCUGUCGAAAAGCCCUGUCAGAUCCAAGUGUCCGUAUAAAGGCGAGGCCGAAUACUAUAACAUUGUCAUCGACGGAAAGACCUUUGAGAACCUGGUCUGGUACUAUAACCACCCAACUCUCGAGAGCGCAGCGAUUGCACGACUGGUCUGCUUUUACAACGAGAAGGUUGAUAUUAUACUGGACGGGGAACUCCAGGAGCGUCCCAGAACCAAAUUUGCCUAG